CUGACCAAAACACAAUCUUAAUUUCCUUGAUAAAAUUCAUGAAAUAAUUAAAUUUGAUGGUAAUAUGAAGGAAUUAAAAGUAAAGGAGAAGGAGAAAACGGAAGAGUCACCAAGACCAUUUAAAUUAGCACAUCAGAUAUUGGCACUGACUGGAAUAUCCUUUGAAAAAAAGAGUAUAAUUGGUUUUGUGGAACUAACGAUUGUUCCUGUGAGAGAGACACUAAAAUAUAUUAAGUUGAAUGCAAAACAGUGUCGAAUAUAUAAAGCAAUCUUAAAUGACACAUAUGAAGCUCAAUUUCACUAUUUUGAUCCGUUCACAAAUAUUUGCCAGGAAAAUCCUAAUACGCGUUCAUUAGAUCAGUUUUCAAAGCACCAUUUCAAUGCAUCUCAAUUAAUAGAUCCAGAUCAAAAUUCUGGCGAAUUAGUAAUCAUAAUUCCUCAAGAAGCUAAUCAUUUGAUAGGUGAAGGACGUGGAUUGAGAGUAGGCAUAGAAUUUUCAUUAGAGGAGCCAUCAGGUGGCAUUCAUUUCGUAAUUCCUGACGAUGGAACUGACAAUCCGAAUGCAAUGUAUGAGCUUGGUGCUCACAUGUUUACUUAUGGACAUGAAAAUUCAUCACGUCUAUGGUUCCCAUGCGUUGAUUCCUAUGCUGAACCAUGUACAUGGAAGCUUGAAUUUACAAUUGAUGAAAAAAUGACAGCAGUUUCGAAUGGUGAAUUAACGGAAGUUGUAAUGACUCCAGAUUUGAGACGAAAGACUUUUCAUUAUGUCGUUAAUACGCCUAUAUGUGCACCAAAUAUAUGUUUAGCUGUUGGACCUUUUGAAAUAUAUGUUGAUCCAAAUAUGCAUGAAGUCACACACUUUUGUUUGCCAAAUCUAUUGCCACUGCUUAAAAAUACCGUGAGAUAUUUGCAUGAAGCAUUUGAAUUUUUUGAAGAAGUAUUGGCAUCACGUUUUCCAUUUUCUUGCUACAAACAAGUGUUUGUUGAUGAGUUGGAAGGACAAGUUCAUGCUUAUGCUACAAUGACAAUUUUAAGUACACAUCUUCUUCAUUCAAUUGCAAUUAUUGACCAAACUUUUAUGUCACGUACGAUAAUGUCAAAAGCAAUUGCUGAACAGUUUUUUGGCUGCUUUAUAACGAUGAAGAAUUGGAAUGAUGUAUGGCUUGCACGUGGAAUAGCUGAAUAUCUAAAUGGAUUUUAUAGCAAGAAAUGUUUCGGUAAUAAUGCUUAUCGUGCAUGGAUAAGAAGAGAAUUGGCAGAAGUCGUUCAAUAUGAGGAGAAAUAUGGAGGGAUAAUCUUAGAUCCAUCUCAACCACCUGCUCCACUUCCAGUAGCUAAUCAAUCAACAAAAGUGGUUGAAAUUCAGAAAAUUGAAAAUGUUCAUUAUUUUCCCAUAAAAAGUCUGCAUACAAUGUCACCAAAAUAUGUGGAAAUUAUGCGAAAGAAAGCUCAUUUAGUAAUAAGAAUGUUGGAACAUCGAAUCGGACAAGAAUUGCUUCUACAAGUGUUUAAUAAACAAUUAGCAUUGGCAACAAAUGCAGCAACAACAAAAAUUAGUGCCGGCUUAUGGCACCAACUGCUGAUAUCAACAAAUGUCUUUACAAAAGCUAUUUUCACUGUGACUGGAAAAGACAUGACAGUUUUUAUCGAUCAAUGGGUACGAACGGGAGGUCAUGCUAAAUUCAGCCUGACAUCUGUAUUCAAUAGUAAGCGUAAUACAAUAGAAUUGGAAAUACGACAAGAUUCUGUUAAUCAGAAAGGUGUGAGGAAGUAUGUUGGACCGUUAUUGGUACAAUUACAAGAAUUGGAUGGAACAUUUAAGCACACACUUCAAAUUGAAAAUACAAUUGUCAAAGCAGACAUAACGUGUCACAGUAAAUCUCGAAGAAAUAAAAAGAAGAAAAUUCCAUUAUGUACAGGCGAAGAAGUCGACAUGGAUUUAUCAGUCAUGUCCGAAUCACCCGUUUUAUGGAUUAGACUUGAUCCUGAAAUGACUUUAAUGCGACAUGUCAAUUGUGAACAACCUGAUUUUCAAUGGCAAUUUCAAUUAAGACACGAAAGAGAUGUGACAGCACAACUUGAUGCCAUUCAGGCAUUACAGAAAUAUCCAACAGUUGCUACUCGAAUGGCACUUACUGACGUAAUUGAACAUGAAAUAACAUUCUAUGAAGUUCGAUGUGAAGCUGCUAAAUGUCUGACAAAAGUAGCAAAUGCUAUGCCUUCACAAUGGUCAGGUCCACCUGCUAUGCUAACAAUCUUUAGAAAGCUUUUUGGAUCAUUUUCAGCAUCACAUAUUGUGAAGCAAAAUAAUUUUACCAAUUUUCAACAUUACUUUCUUCAAAAAACAAUUCCAUUAGCUAUGGCUGGAUUGAGAACAGCACACGGAAUUUGUCCACCUGAAAUCAUGAGAUUCUUAUUAGACCUUUUCAAGUACAAUGAUAAUGCAAAGAAUCAUUAUUCUGACGUUUAUUAUCGUUCAGCACUUAUUGAUGCUCUUGGGGCUUCAAUAACUCCAGUAAUUGCUGUUGUAAUUCAGCAAGGAUCAAAAAUUAAAUCUGAAAAUUUGACACCAGAUGCAAAGUUAGUUUUAGAGGAAGUAACGAGAAUAUUAAAUCUUGAAAAGAGUCUUCCUUCAUACAAGUUCAAAGUGUCUGUGUCAUGCUUAAAAGUUUUAAGAAAACUCCAGAAAUGUGGACAUUUACCACCAAGUUCUAUGAUUUAUAAGAGCUAUGCUGAAUAUGGACAGUACAUAGAUGUUCGCCUGGCCGCACUAGAAUGUCUUGUUGAUUAUAUAAAAGUUGAUGGAAAGUGGGAUGAUAUGGAAUUUAUUAUUCAGCUCCUUGAAAAUGAUUUAGAUCCAGAAGUGCGUCAUCAGCUAUCAAGAAUGAUUGUAGAAAAUCCACCAUUUGAGCGUGGCAAGAACCAUCGAUUAAAUCGUGAGGAUUUACGUGACAGAAUUUGGAGUAGCAUGAAUACAACAUUAUCGCAUGAUACACGACUUAGAUGUGAUCUUGUGGAUGUUUAUUAUGCACUUUAUGGCGCAAAAGAACCGAUGAUGGUCAGAAAUCCUGAACUUGAUGCACUUUAUCAGCCACAAAAGGUUGAACCAGCAAGCAAAAAUGAAAGAAAUGAAAUCGAGGAUCUUAAAAUUGACAUGGUCGAUGCAAAAGAAGAGCCAAUCAUUGAAGGAAUUGAAGUUGUCACCGAAUCAAUGGAAGAACAUAAUCCAGACCAAAUGAUAAUUGAGACUCACGAAGAACUUGACAUGAAAAUUGAUGCUGAUGACUAUAAAGCUAUUGAAACUUCAUUAAUUCCAACAACAUCAAUUAGCGACACUGAAAAAAUUCAGACACAAUUUACCGAAACCAUCGAAGUUCCAUCAGCAAAGAGAAUAAAACUUGAUUAUGCAUCAGACUCCCAGUCACAACCAAGCACUGAACUCAAUGAGAUUCCAAAUCUUGGAGAAAUUAGCACUGCUAAUGUUGGAGAGCCAGUUACUAAGGAGCACAAGAAAAAGAAAAAGAAGGACAAGAAACGACACAAAAAGAAGCAUAAAAAAGAGAAGAGACGUGAAAAGCACAAUUUGGAGAUGCUGGCAAAACAUAAAGGAGAAGUUACAGAAACAUUAUCAAGCGGUGAAAGCUCUCGUUCCUCAUCAGUUAAUCUUGAUUUAACAAAUUAAAAAAAUUUAUGUCAAUUAAGUGAAUAAUAAAAAAAUGUUUUAUUAUUUUG